CACUUUGUUCUGUCCUAUAAAGAGGCUCUCUGUCUCUCUCUUCCUCACCCCCUGGCCUCCAUCUCUAGUCUCCAUCCUCCAUUUCCUAAUUCCUUCCCUCGGAAUAUCUUCACUAGCAGACAAAAAAAAAGCACAGCUAGCUUGCCGGAAUGUCGGUGGAAGCAUUUCCCGACGCGUUUUCCGGCGACCGGGAGGAUGGGGUUGAGCGAUUGAGCAUAAUGUGGGGUCAAGUGAAAGCGCCGGUGAUAGUUCCGAUGCUCAGAGUAGCUGUUUUUGUGUGCCUAUUAAUGUCGGUGAUGCUGUUCAUCGAGAGAGUGUACAUAGGAGUUGUGAUAGCUCUGGUGAAAGUGAUCGGAAGGAAGCCAGAAAAACGGUACAAAUUUGAGCCGUUGAAGGAUGAUGACGUGGAGCUGGGGGAUUCAGCUUAUCCCACCGUUCUUGUUCAAAUCCCCAUGUACAAUGAGAAAGAGGUGUAUCAGCUGUCAAUAGGAGCUGCAUGUGGGCUUUCAUGGCCGUCAGAUCGAAUCAUAGUCCAAGUUCUUGAUGACUCCACCGACCCUUUCAUCAAGAAUAUGGUGGAAAAGGAGUGUCAAAGAUGGGCAGGCAAAGGGGUAAACAUAAAGUAUGAGAUUAGAGACAACAGAAAUGGGUAUAAGGCAGGGGCAUUAAAGGAAGGGUUGAAGCAUCCUUAUGUGAAGCAAUGUGAUUAUGUAGCCAUCUUUGAUGCUGAUUUUCAACCUGAACCUGAUUUCCUCUGGCAAACCAUCCCUUACCUCGUCCAUAAUCCCCGUCUUGCCCUCGUUCAAGCUCGCUGGAAAUUCGUAAAUGCGGAUGAAUGCUUGAUGACAAGAAUGCAAGAAAUGUCAUUAGAUUAUCAUUUCACGGUGGAGCAAGAAGUGGGGUCAUCUACCUAUGCAUUUUUCGGCUUUAAUGGGACGGCUGGUGUGUGGAGGCUGGCUGCAAUUGAGGAGGCAGGUGGGUGGAAGGACCGGACCACAGUUGAGGACAUGGACUUGGCUGUCCGUGCCAGCCUCAAAGGCUGGAAAUUCCUGUACCUUGGCUCCCUCAAGGUAAAGAAUGAACUACCAAGCACAUUCAAGGCAUAUCGCUACCAACAGCACAGAUGGUCCUGUGGUCCAGCAAAUCUUUUCAGGAAAAUGCUGAUGGAGAUCGUGAGAAACAAGAAAGUAAACUUGUGGAAGAAGAUUCAUGUGAUCUACAGCUUCUUCUUUGUCAGAAAGAUCAUAGCCCAUAUUGUCACUUUUGUUUUCUACUGUCUAGUAUUGCCUGCAACUGUUCUCAUCCCUGAGGUUCAAGUUCCUACAUGGGCAUGUGUCUAUAUUCCCACAAUCAUCACUCUUCUAAAUGCCGUUGGAACUCCAAGGUCAUUGCAUUUGCUAGUGUUCUGGAUACUUUUCGAGAAUGUGAUGUCCCUCCACCGGACCAAGGCUACCUUCAUCGGACUGUUGGAAGCAGGCAGAGUGAAUGAAUGGAUUGUAACUGAGAAACUGGGAGAUGCAACUGCUUUCAAGCUAAAACCAGCAGCAACACUAAAAUCAUCAUCAUUUAAAAAACCUCUGUUAAGGAUUGCAGAAAGGAUUCAUGUGCUAGAGCUUGCAACGGGUGCUUAUCUCUUCUACUGCGGAUGCUACGAUGUCGCAUUCGGGAAGAACAAUUAUUUCCUUUACCUCUUCAUCCAAUCAAUAGCCUUCUUCAUAGCUGGAUUCGGAUAUGUUGGCACAUUUGUUCAUAGUUCUUAACACAACAUUUGGUGUCACUCCUUGGCUGAUAAUGCAUAUGAAUCUUUUUGUGCUUGUCUUCAGAUCACCAGAUCAGAAGGACGGCAUCUUUCACCUGGCUGUAUUUUUUAUUCUUUUUUCUUUUCCAUAUAUUCUCAAUUCUUUCCUUGUAAAAUAGAAGAAAACUGGUUAUUUGGAUUAGGUUGUAAGUCAUAAGAAUUCAAGUUGUGGACCAAAUAAUGGAUGUAUUAUCCUUGUGUAUAUUUCAACAUUCAAAGGCAAUGUAGAUACAGAAAAGAUCUCAAAAGAUGCACUGUCACUCUCAGAAAGGAAAACUCAGCACGAGAAUAUAGUCAAAACAAAGAAGCAAUGAGCCCCUUCUUUUAGAUUGAAAUUCU